AUGCGCUUCACUGUCCUCAUCCUUGCUGCGAUCGUCAUGGCCGCCUCUGCUAUCGUCGACAGUCCCCCUCAAGACGAGCCUAAACUCGAUGGCACCAAUUGCGUCUGCAGUUCUCACGGCUUUACUGGGCUCAUGCUCUUGGUACCAUUAGUGUCCCUUGAGUGCUGA